AAGAAUACAAAACGCUACGGGCGGCUAUCAGUUAAGAUGAUCACAAUACCAGAUCAGAGCAUUGCUCGUCCUGCGUCCCUUUGUAGCAUCAUGGCCUGGAUGAAUUAUCUCCUCUACUCUGCCGGUGCCAUCGUAGCCAUCUUAUCCUUCCUCUUCGCCCAGUUGCUCCGCCUCAAGUUCACCGAGGCGCGGCAACCCAUCUUCGAAAAAGUAGACUCGGUUCAUCCGUCACCUUACUGGUGUCCGCCCACAUUUGCUAGAAAUGUCACAAAAUCAAUCUGGUCUACGCAGAGAUUCGCGACUGAGGGCUAUCUAAAGUUCAGCAAAGCUUUAGACCGCCCGUUUGCGCUGCUCACAACAUGGGUGGGCGGCAGCACCGUCCUGGUACUGCCACCGUCCAAGAUACCCAUGCUCACCCGGCCAGACAAGAUGAAGGAUGGCAGCGAGUGGACCAAUCUCCAUGGUCUCAUCGCAACCACUCAGUUGGCCUAUGUCAUCGACGAUGCCAACAUCUAUGAGAACGUUCUACACUUUGACGUGGUGCGUCGGAACAUGGCCCACAGAGACAUGAACCGCCUGGCACCCGUGACGGCCGACGAGAUUGAGCAAGGCUUCCUUGACUCGUGGGGCACCGACACCGAAUGGAAAACCAUCAAUGGCUGGGACGGCACUGGGAAGAUCAUCUCUCGCGCCGCACAGCGCAUCCUGAUUGGACUGCCCUUGAGCCGCGAUGAGAAGAUGCUCGAAACAUCGCGCCUCUACGCGACUUCGUUGCUCGUGGGCGGCGCCAUCAUCAACUGCUUCCCACCCUGGAUGCGCUGGGUGGCAGCACCCGUCAUUGCAUUACGCGCCCGGUACUAUCAAUCAAAGUAUGUCAAGAUGCUAGUGCCUGUGGUGGAAGAGCGCAUCGUCCUGUUGAAUCGAGGCCAACAGGAAGGCCCGGAUGAUUUUCUCCAAUGGAUGCUCCAAAUGUGUGCCGACAACCCCGAACAGCUCGAAGCCGAACGCAUAGCCUUGCGCGUAGCGAGCCUCCUCACCCCUCUGAUCUUCGCAAUCUGCUACGUCUUUUCCUCGUGCAUUCUCGACAUCCACAGCAGUCCCUACAGCGCCGAGAUCCUAGCUGGCCUCAAGGAAGAAUGCACGCGCGUUUCCGCCGAGCACGGCGGGUUUCACACCAGCGCCGCCGUCGACGCGCUGAAGCGAUGCGAUUCCGUCUUGCGAGAAUCAAUGCGCGUGUCUGACGUCCAGGUCACCAACAUCUUCCGCGACGUCACAGCCGGCGAGAUAGAUCUCGGCAACAAUCUCCGCGUCGGACCAGGCGUGCGCAUGUUAUUCCCCACUCAAGACAUCCACAUGGAUCCGGAUAACUACCCGGACCCGAAGAAAUUCGACGCUUUCCGCUUCUCCAGGCCGUUUGAAAACGCAGACAUCAAGGCAGAGGGUGAACAGCUGCUCAUUGCCACGCCGACACCGACCUUUAUGCCGUUUGGGUAUGGCAGACACGCUUGCCCUGGAAGGUGGUUCGCGGCGCAGUCUAUGAAGCAGGCUUUGGCGUAUCUUGUGCUUCAUUACGAUGUUGAGUUGGUCGGGCCACCGCCGAAACGCUGGGCGUUGCUAAAUAUGAUGAUUCCGCCUGUAGAUGCAAAAAUCAAACUGCGCUGGAAGGCAUGA